GGUCAGCAGACGACAACAACAAUGGCGGAUGGCGAUAAGGCCAUAGAGAAUGAAGCUGACAAAUUGAGAGAAGCUUUUCAUGCCAAAUACAGUGUGUCAGAUUUUGUGGAGAAGAAGUUGUAUGACCAAAGAGAUAUUGACAAUAUAAAAAGUAAUGAUUUGUAUGUGCAACAAUUCAUAAGGAAAACAGAGCCUUUAUCUGAGGCAGCAGACAGAUUACAUGAAGCAUUGAAAUGGAGGAGAGAAUGUGGGAUCAGAGAUGCCACAGAAGAAUCAUUUCCUCGAUGGGCUUUAGAGAGAGGUGCAAUAUAUUUUCAUAAUGUAGAUAAAGAUGGUAAAAAGUUGUUAUUUGUGAGAGUGAAAGAACAUAAGAAAGAUGCCAGCGUUUUACCAGAAGUUAAGAGGUUCUUUGCCUACCACCUAGAGACACAAUAUAAUGAAGAUCCCCAUUCACAGAUCACUCUUGUGUUUGAUAUGGCUGAUGCAGGAUUAUCUAAUUUAGAUAUGGACCUGAUUAAGUUUGUUAUUACAUCUUUCAAGGUUUAUUAUCCAUCGCUUUUAAAUGUCAUGUUAAUUUAUGAAAUGCCUUGGUUGUUUAAUGCUGCUUGGAAAAUUAUAAAGACAUGGUUAAGUGCUGAGGCUGUCAAGAAGAUUAAAUUUAUAACCAGAAGUGAUGCACAAGCAUAUAUUAACAAAGAUCAACUUUUAGAACACAUGGGUGGAACAGAUAAAUUCCAAUUCCGUUAUUUAUCUCCAGAGGAAAGAUUAGAGGAAGAAAAUAAGGCGAAUAGAAAGAAGGUUACGUUUGCUGAUCAAGAUAAAUCACCUGUAGAACCAUUCCCAGAUAAUCUUAAUAAUUCUGCACCAACCAAGCAGCAAUCUAGUCCAAAUAAAUCCAGUUUUAAAAGUCCCCACCAAAGAAGAACUGAAGACAAUAGUUUUAUUGGUAGACUGUUAACUAUAAGCCCUGGUGAUGAAUUAUUAUUCACAACAGAUGAAACAGGAAAAGAAACCUUUGAUGUUAUUUCACUGAAAAAUACUCUCCCAUAUGCAAUAGCAUACAAGGUAAAAACCACCUCUCCAGAGAAAUACAGAGUUAGACCAAGUGCUGGAAUUGUCAAGGCUGGUUCAACUGUUGAUGUUCAUGUGUAUCUACAGCAAGGUUAUAACACAGUAUCAAAAGACAAGUUCCUUAUCAUGGCUAUGGAGUUGACUAGUGAUUCUGCUGACAAUUUACAACAGCUUUGGAAAACAGUUCCCAGAGAAAAUAUUAUGGAACAUAGAUUGAAAUGUAGCCAAGUACACAAGAAUGGAUCACAGGACAGUAUCGCUUCAAGUGCUUCUUCACUAGACCAAAUAGACAAGCUUAAUACGAAGAUGGACCAAUUAAUGGAAAGUAACAGAAAGUUGGAACAAACUGUUAAAAUGAUGUUUAUAGUACAAAUUUCAUUUCUAAUACUCAUUCUAUUGUAUUAUGUAAUGUUAUAUUUCUUUUCACCAUCUCUGCCCCCACCUGCUCCAAAGGGCAAUAUUUCAGAUUAUUGUGCUGGAAGCAAUUUAUUUUAGUUUUAAAAGUUUUUUUUUUUUUUUAUAAAUAGAGUUGCUAUAAAAAGGAACAAAAGAAAAAAGAACAUUUAUUACUAAUUAAAUUACAUAUAUUCAAAGUUUUAUUUUUUUUAAUUAAAGAAGACAUUUUAUUUUAAAUAUUGAUAGAAAUGACUCGUUUUACUCAGGUUACUAGUCUAUAGUCUACAAAAUCAAAUACACAAUGUUUGAAAAUGCCAUUGAUAGAUUGUACUUUGCAUUUGAUUGUAUUUUUGGCCUAUUAUUCCACUUCAGUUGGAACACAUUCUUUGGUCAUUUAAGAUUUAAAAAUGUUCUGGUUUGUUUAUAUGGCUUAGUCAAACACCUGUCAAUCAAUUAGGCUAUUCCAUUUAAAGUAAAUUCAGAGGGAGGGAAGGAAGAAAAUUCUUUUUUAGAUAAAGGUCUUUGGUGAUUUGUACUUAUGGCCAUGAUGGAUCGAAUGCUUGUCAAAUUACUCAAAGAAUUAUCUUAGUUUGUUGAGUAUUUCUGAAGUUUCUACCUACCCUCCUAUAUUGUUUUUAAUGGACUAGCCCUUUACAGACAAUAGAUAAUCUUACCCACUGAACAAGAGUGCAAGUUUACUUGAUGUUCAAGUUUUAGUUGUAUUUUUAUAAGUCUUGUUGUAGUAUUUCCAGUUAUCUCAUUCUGGACUCAGUAUGAGAUAAAGGAUCAUUUUGCAUACUGUAGUUUCAUUAUUAUUCAUGGGGUACCAAUUUUCGUGUAUUUUGUGGGUAGAAAUAAACCACAAAUUUAAAUGUUCAAUGAAUUAAACAUUUCUUUAAGUUUGUAAGCAGACAUCGACAAAACAACUCAAUCAAAUAUCCAUGAAAAAUCAAGUUUUUCUCAAUCCAUGAAAAUUGGUACCCAAGAAAAUAAAUGAAUCCACAUUUCUGUCCUUAUUUUGGAUGGAUUAAAAAUGAAAAACAGAGCUCUAACAGCACACAUACAAUGAAAAGAAAAGUUGAGAUGUUUUGUGUUGUAAGGUUGCUGUUUUGAUUAUGUGUACUAAAAUAUCCCUUUAUUUUUUUUUUAAAGUAGUUCUAUAUUUGGUUUCCCUUUUAAUGUAAAUGGAGUUUGAUAAAAUAGUUUUUAUUUGUGUUGAUUUACAUGGAAUAUUUCUGCAGCAUAUAAGAAGGGUUUUUUUUUCUGCUGUUUGGUCAGGUUGUUGUCUCUUUGUCACAUUCCCCAUUUCAUUCUCUAUUCUAUAUUCCUAAUUCUGAAAUGUUCAUUGACCUGAUAAAUGUGUUUUUAACAUGACUGUGUAUUAUUCAAAGUUUUUUACUUAUCUAGAUUUGUAAGCUCUUGUCUGUGAUACAUUUUUUUUAUGCAUUAGAUGAUUGUAUGUUUUAUUGUGAAUUGAAUGUUUUAACUUUAUAUACUUAUAUGUAUACUAUUUUAGAAAUAAGUAUAAUCUGUUGUCAGAAUGAAUGAAAUUGCCAUUUAUUAUAUAAGGAAAAUACCAAACUCAUAAAUAAAAAGAAUUAACAAAUCCAUUUUACAAGAUAUAAAAAAAUAUCGAUUUACUAAGCACUAAACACAAUAUUUAAAAGAUCAAAAGGAGAAAAAGGUACUAAGAGCCAAUCAAAUUAUUAAUCAAAGAAAUUCAGACAACCAUGACAAUAAAAAGGCAUAAAAACAAUAGACUACAAAAUAGUUUAAGUCUAAGCAACACAAAUUCUGCCAAAAUGGGGUAAUCCAGUACAUUUUACUCCACUAGUGGCACGUGUCAGUCACUCACUACAAGCAAAAAUCUGAAGCCUUAGUAAAGAUUGACCAACAGAAAUCCAACCAAAAACUGAGGUAAAUUCAGGUGUUUAGGAGGGUCAGCACAUUCUUCUCUUCUAGUGGCAUAUAAAAGUUGCACAUUACAAGCAAAAAGCUGAAAUGAGACGGGACUUCUUUUUCUUACAUUAUUUGAACAAUAGCAUGUAUGGCUGUUAGAUAUUGAAUAAUAUUCAAAUGACAUAAAAUUUGUGCAUAUUUUUUUGAGGACUAUACAUCUUAUUGAUAUGAUUUUGCUAAUGUUUGAUGAUUUGUUUAUGUUUUAUAAUGCCUCACAGAUUGAGCAGAACUUGCAAUAUGUAAAUGUGUUCAUAUAUGUAAUAGAGUUAGUUCCAUGAUACUCAAUUUUUAAAAUGCUGCUCUGAAAUAAACUUUGCAAAUUGUUUCAAACUUUCUGUUUAUUUUAGCUAAUUAAAGAUGUGAAGAUAAA